GUAGUUGUGUUAUACUCUAUUUAUUGUGAUUUAUUAGGCUUUUAUCUGCAGAAAGUGUAUGCGGCCAAAACUUCACAAAAAUUUAACAUGGGAAAAGCAUUUCUAAGAAGGUUCGUUACAUAUAGGAUUAACUAUAGAAGUUGCGGGAUUUUAUGUGCAUCAAACAUGGGAAAUGAAAAGAGGACUGUUUUAAUUACAGGAUUUGGACCUUUUGGGGAACAUUCAGUCAAUGCCAGCUGGGUGGCUGUACAGAAUCUAAAGCAAAGGAACUUGUUGCCAGAUGUCAAUGUUCACAUUGAAGAAAUUCCAGUAGAUUAUCAAGAAGUCAGCCAUAUUGUGCCAGAAUUAUGGAAACGGAAAGAUCCUGCGCUGGUAGUACAUGUUGGUGUCUCAGGAAUAGCAGAUAAAUUAACGUUAGAACAGAGAGCUCACAAUGUAGGUUACCACCGCAAAGAUGUCAAAGGGAAAACUCCCAAUAAGGAAUGCUGUAGAGAAGAAGGGGAGGAGUGUAUCUGUGCAGGGCUUGACAUGAGUCGAGUCAGUGCUGAGAUCAACGACACAGAUAACGAGCUGCAAGCGGAGGUUUCUGAGGAUGCUGGAAGGUAUUUGUGUGACUUUUCCUAUUACACUUCCCUGUCAAUCAACAAGUCUCGCUCUGCUUUUAUUCAUGUCCCACCAUUGAAUCAACCAUAUACAGAAGAUCAGUUAGCAGUGGGUUUAGCUAUGGCCAUUUCCUCAAUGCUGAAGCAACUCCCAGAGUAAUGCUGUACAAGUUCUUCUACAAAAGGCAUCAAAGUUGAUCAAUAUAUAAUGGUCUUUGCCUUUAUUAGACUUCUCAAAUUGAAAAUGGUCAACAAAAUAAAACUUGUGCAUUCUCACGAUGUGAAGGUGAACCUUCUCAAUACUUUUGAAGUUAUUAAGCAGUUUGUUGAAUCAGUGAUGUAUAUCUCCAGAAAACUACAAUUAUAAUUCUUUUCAUGCAGUGCUAUAGAAGAUUGAUGAGUGAUUUAUUUUUGAACAAGCUCUGAUACUUAUGGUAGAUGGUUAUUCUGUAUUCAUAUACAGUAGAGCUUUGUUAAUCUGGAUGUUUGUGUUCCCAAGCAAAUUGUCUGGAUUCUGGAUAACUGAAACUUAUAGUCUUUUAUUGUUAGAAAUAAUUAUUAAUUCUGUUCACAACAAGAUUUAUUGUUGGGAGAUAACUGGAUCUAGAUUACUGAGGCUACACUGUACAUGUAAUAUUACUGCUCAUCAGCUUAAUGUCUUUUAUUUCAAUAUUUUCAGUAAAUUUCAUCCGUUCUCUAUGAUUUGUUAGAGCUGUGCCAGUGUUAACAUUUUGAUUUAUUGCUGAUCAGUUGUAUAUAAUGUUAUUUUUGCUGCAAUUUUAUUUUUGCUGUUUUCAUGGCAGAAUAUACACUGCAGUUAAAUAAACAUGCAAAGUCCUAAAUUAAAGACAGAAAACUGGUUAUUUACUAUAGAGGAAAUAGGGAAAAAUGUGUAAAAGAAUAAUUAUGAACAAAUCAAUAUUGUUUUCAGUUAUUCAAUUUUACAUAUCUAGUGUCAUUGACAUGUCCUCAAAAUGUUUGUUUAAAAAACAAGAAUUAUUUUGGCCUGUAUUCCGGAUGUGUGUAAAUAAACCACAUUUUUGUGUGAUUUAGGCUUUGCUGUAUUUAGGUACAUUCUACAAGUGCAAUAUCUAAUUCCUAAAUAUAAAAAAUAAAAAUAAUUGAAUAUAUAA